AUGUCCUCUUUCGUCGCUUCUCUGUUUUAUGUGCUCACACAUUCUCUCACGCUAUGGCCUGAAGCGUAUGAAUGUCCCGAAAAUUUGAACAAGCCUGGGACAAGUUGGCCCAUAUAUGGGACAUAUUUGAUUGUGUCAGGCGUCAUUUUUAUAACACUAUAUAUUCCCUGCUUUAUUGCAAUAGUCCGAACAAAAACUCGAAUUCCUGCCUACCAACUAAUGCUUAUCCUAGGGAUUCUCGACUUAAUUUCCUUAUGCAUCAAUUCUUUGGUAACCGGAUAUCUUGCUAUAAACGGAAUAACUUUUUGUCAGUAUCCACUAUUCAUGUUUAUUAUCGGAGCAAUCGCGAAAUCCACGUGGAUGACAAUCUGCUUGGCUUGCAUCCUACUUGCCAUCGAACGUUGUGUUGAGGUCAAUUCGGGGUUCCCAUUAGCAUUUAUUUUUGGGAAACGGACGUUCAGAGCUGUGAUGACUGCAUUGAUGAUUUACUGGGUCUAUACUUUACUAUUCAAUGCACCGCCAGUGUAUAUACCAGAAUACGCGUAUUACUCGUUUGACCCAAUGAUUGGGAAGGAUCCAGCGCUAUAUGUCAAUGUGCUGCACAAUAUAAACAACCCAAUUGUAGCAAUUUCAACCACGUUUCUAUAUUUCUACUUGUGUUAUUACUUAAUUUUCAAGUACGGGUAUUCUACAUCAAUGUGGUUGUACAAGUCUAAACGGCAGAUUAUUCUGCAAGGAGUUAUCAUUUGCUUUUUCCACGCCGGCACUGCUAUUAUCUACGAGUUUGUGCAAUUUUUCUACACUCCUCAAUGGCUCAUCCUGGCUGGGCAAAUAUUUUGGCAAUGGAGCAGUGGGAGCCUCAGCAUAGUAUACUUGUCUUUAAACCGAUCCAUUAGAAAUUCGGUUAUCAAAAUGAUAAUUCCAAAGAAAACCAGAAUUAGUUGGGGCAUACAUAUUGGAGCCGAUGAGCAUGUGGCUCUGGAGCAAGCUACAGCUGUGAAUAGUGUGGCUGUGAAAUUUGAUAACUUUUUUCAAAAAUAA